UUUGCAGAAGAAGAGGCUGAGCACUGUUGCUGAGGAAGGUGGUACUCCUCGGCGGAGUCCACAUGUUGCUGGCAUGAACAAGAAUCUUGGCAAGAGAAUUGCUGAAACUGGUGGAAAGGAUUCUCAACGCAAGCGACUACAUGCCACUGAAGGUCCCAACUCUGACGAUGAUGACUUUGUGCUUGCUGAUUUUGUGAGGGAUGUUCAUACUGGUAGACGCAAAGACUGUGGUUCAUCUAAGAGUCUACCCAAGCGUGCUUGUGAUGAUGUCUAUAAAGAUGUUGGUGCUGACUCUGGCGAGGAGGCGGAUGUUGUUCCAAAGAGGAAGAAGUCUAGUAAGAGCAAUGCAACUGAAGAUGAUGCCGAGGGAGAUGAUUCUUGAUUUAACAAGACCGUACGUUUGUCGCUUCCCA